CUCCCCUCCGCUCCCCCCCCCCCCCCACAUGUAAUUCCCUCUAUCACCAUGAAUUGGUACUGGGGAUCAACGGCGACGGCGACGGCGCCCGCUCCCGCCAAGUCCGAAGGCAAGAAGCUGAGAAAGAAGCUCCAGAAGAUUGGGAGCCAGCAGCGCUGGUUCCCGACUCUUGGCCAUCACGACACGAAGAAAGCCGCGGCUGCUAACGCCGCUGACACGAGCAAGAGAGCCAUUUCCGAGAUUCCUAACCCCGACGACGGCAAAUGGCUUGAGCAACUUCGUAAGAGCGGUUACCUCUGCCGGGACUCCGCCCCUCCCGUACAACAGCCACACGACCGCAAGCCACUGAUUAGGCACUCCACAUGUCUAGUCCCCGAGCUCGCGCAUCUCACCCUAGAUGAUGCGAGGUCCGGGAGGCCAUUAGACCGGAGAGCAUCUUGCGCGGUGCCCUCGUUGUCGUCUUCUGUUACUAGGCAGUACGCGAAGACGCCCGUGCACCGCAUCGGGCAGUUGGAAGAUCGCGCAGGGCGGGAUCCGCCUGCCCUUCGAAAGGUCUCGAGCAUCGAGCAGAUUGCCGAGUCGUACCGGGAGUUGCUGAAGUCGAGCUGUGCUAUCCUCAACGACACGCCCGUUGAGCCUCCUUCGCCGCUACAUCUGAGAGAGCCUUACCACGCUGACGUGAGAAUCCGUGCCGGCCACGAGACCAUCCACGAGCUGCCCGAGGUACUACCCCUCGCGAUGGGGUCGCCCACGUCCGACGACGGGACGCUGGUAGCGUCCGACGCGGACUCGGCCAGCCUCCAGCGGCGACGCUACUCGCCGGAGCCGGCCUCACCGCGCGAGAAUCGCCUGCGGAAACGGCCGGCCGCUCCGCUCCGGAAGCCGCCCUCGGUGAGCCCGAGCCUCCAGAUCUGCUUCGACUUGCUGGCGCGAGAACUGUCCUCGGCAGCCAACGGGUCGUCGCUCCGGCCCAGCGCCGAGACCUCGGCGCUGCAGGUAUGGGUCAUGAUCGAGGCCUACGAGAGGCUGCGGGACCAGGUCCUCGAUAUGCGACUGUCCAGCGACCAGGAGCACUCGCUCGACGCCAUGAUUGACACCUGGCUAAAAGCGUUGUACGCGGUCCACGACAAGAUGAUGGGGCACGACGGGGCCAUGAGCGAGAGCGACUACGGUGACUAAAGAGGAGAUCGGCUUCCCAGUUUUCUCAUCAUUACGUUCCUUGUUUUCAGAUUGUUUGUCCUAUGGGUGCGAGCAAGGUUAGGGGUUUAUAGAAUGUG